CAACGUUGGGAGCAUUUGGGUCUGCCGGGUUAGCUCGACCAUUAUAUUGUGAACUGCUUUAGGAUUGUCAACUUUCAGCGAACGUUCGCCGUGAACCGUAUACGAUGAGAGGCACUAGUAAGUGGAACAUCCUGGUCCCGUUACUGCUGACAGUGCACCUGACAGGCGGCAUGACCAUCCCGGAACACAUGGAGAUCCUGGACGGCUACGAUUUCGGUCCACCCAUCACCGAACUUGAUGGCGAAGAUGAAGGAUACGCAGAGCAGCGCAGUUUGCUGGAGCCAUUUCUGUUUAGUGCGAUCCGAAACCGGCGAGCAAAUCGCGCUAAACGGGAACUAGCAGAGGAGGCCACUACCACGCCGGCCGCGACCGAUGUCACCGAACAUGAAGCGCUACCCGAGGCGGCGAUGCAAUUAAUGAGAGCAGCAUACGAUCACGACAAUAAGCCCAUGGUCGAAAGAUCGUGGCCGAACACACCGUACAAACCCGAGUUUCAGGCGAAAGUGAUACGGGAAGAGGAUGACUCUAAUGCUGCCGCUUCGGUGCAGGUCAACGAAGGCAUAAAGUCACGUGCACCGAGGGUUAACUUUAUAACGCAACAAACUAAAAAGCCCGACCAAUCGGAAGGGGGAAACCCGGGAAGAGAGAAAGUUAUUCGCGAACUCUACCGGAAACCGGUGACGGGCGUUUACUACGAGCGGCCGCGGCCGAAAUCAUUCGACUCCUUCAUGGCCCCAUCGCAGCAACCGCUGUAUCCUUCGCGGAUGUACAGCCGGUACGAUCCGUUCCCCAUGAUCGAUCGGAUGUACCCUCCGGCACCGCAUCGGUACGAUCACUACUACGAGCGGCGCUACGACGUGGACUACGAUUCCUACUUUCCCCGCUACAAGUUUCCGUUCUACUACUACUACCCGGACAACCGUUACGACGUGCCGUUGUAUCACCGUGAUCGUAACUAUCUCUACACGAACGAGCUGAUGCACGGCAUUCCUUCCACACCCGGCUCACCGCCGAUGCGCAACCGACGGAUCAUCUACUACGCCACACUGCCGGAAAUUGUGCGGACACCUCCAAACGUGGAGCUGCGAUACCGGAACCGCGAUCGGUUCGAUCGUCCACACGUGGUCAGCUCUACCCCGGCGUCGUUCGGUUCCUACAAAGCUUCGGACCGGUUCGGAAGUCCUGGCGACAGCCGCAAGGAAGAUAAAUAUGUCAGCUCGAAACCAAUCAAAAUCGUUCGGGAAGCCGAUUUGCUGGCUGGCGGUUUAGGGAUUCAGUCCAGUAGCUCGCAGAACAGAAAUGUAUUGCCACCUGGGCAAGAGAAGCGGUGGAGCGUCCGGAAUAUAUAG